AAAAGCUGUGCGUGAGCGAAACGGUCGUUCAAUCGGCCGCUAAACGGGAUCACAAACAGUUGAUCAGCUCGACGAGUCGUUUAAAUUGAAAUGAGUUUUAAUCUGUAGUUGAUUCAGUGAAAAUUGACAAAAACCAAAAAAAAAAAAAUAAAUAAACAAAUAUUUAGUGUUCAUUUGGAUAAUUAUUUGCAAUGGCACUGAAACAGAUUGCUAUCUGCUUGCUAUUUGGCUCAGUUUGGUGGACCAACGUAGACUCAUCGACGGAAUAUAAUCGUUAUGUGACGCAAAUAUUUCAGAAAUAUGGCACCGGUAACAAAAUCAGCUUUGAGGGUCUGGAGCAUUUGAUGUACAGCUUAGGACUCGGUCACAUCGAAUUCGAACCCACGCACACCAUAGAGGAGCACCGACCUAAGGGCUACAAUAUUAGCAAGAUGGUAAAUGCGACCAGAGCCUAUCCUAGCAAUGAUGAAGCAAUUGGCGAUGUGCAACUGUCCAUUUACCAGCUGGACGAGAACGUGGCCAAUAAAAUGGGUUCCAGUGGACGCAACCAGACCGUCCAGUUCCGAGAACUGCACGAUCCCAAGCAUCGCCAUCCCCGGGAGAGCAGUGUUUCCAUUGAUGGAGCACAGUCGUUGCCGGAGGCAGCAUGUUUAUCACCGAAAUCGUUGCUCGCACUGCUCGUGGAUCACGAAGAUCUGCAUCGGAAUACCAUGUACCGUCAGAUAGUCGAGACAAAGAAUCACAAUUCGGAGGAGGAGUACGACAAGUUCAUCAACAGUGUGCUAAUAACGCCCAAUGCAUUCAUGAAACUCUGCCCAGCGCUGCUGGCUCAGAUCGAUAAUGGGGUUUGCAUGCAGCCGGCGCCGCAUCCAACGCAAAAGAUUCUUGACAAAAAAGAUAAGAUUUGGAAUGCCUGGAUAUACGCCAGCAUCUCAAUGUUUGUGCUCUCAGCUUGUGGACUACUUGGAAUUCUGCUUGUGCCGCUCAUGAAGACGGUCGCCUAUCAGGAGAUCCUUAAGUUCCUUGUCGCCAUUGCGGUGGGCACAUUGGCUGGCGAUGCUUUCAUGCACCUGCUGCCACAUGCCCUGUUCACGGAGGAAAAACAUGAGCAUGCCGUGGAUAACAUGCGUCUGUCGCCGCAGGAACGGCAGCACCAGCACAGUACCGAGGCGGCACUGCUCUGUGGCAGCGCUUUCCUUGCAGCACUCUUCAUGUAUAUCCUGGAGAAUAUUAUUCCCCUGCUUAAAGGCGAUAAGUAUUGUCAUGGACAUAGCCAUGGCCACAGUCAUGGUCAUAGUCAUGGUCAUGGCCAUGGUCACGUUCACGAUCACAGCGCCAGCGAUGCGGGGAAACCACAGUCAGCAGUGGAAGCGCCGCCAGCUCGUGAACUGAACACCAUGCUGCAGGAGACAAAGUUGGAUCAGAAGACACCAAAUCGCCCGCUGACGCCAGUUGCCUUUAUGGUCAUCAUUGGCGAUGGCUUGCACAAUCUUACCGAUGGUCUGGCCAUUGGUGCCGCCUUUGCCAGCGACCCCGUUACUGGACUAGCCACUGCCUUUGCCGUUCUCUGCCACGAAUUGCCGCACGAAUUGGGCGACUUUGCGCUGCUGCUGCAAACGGGCGUCUCCAUACGGCGAGCCGUUUACAUGAACAUUGUCAGUUCGGUGCUGAGCUUUGUGGGCAUGUCCAUUGGCCUGCUGCUGGUGGGCAUCGGGGAUGGGAUGACGCAGUGGAUCUAUGCGGCGACAGCUGGCUCAUUCCUAUACAUUGCCUUUGCCGAUUUGGUGCCCACGAUGAGUGUGGCCCACAAUCCGGAUCAGGCUCGCGACCCCAAGGGCAUCUUAAUACAAAUAUUGGGCAUUUUUCUGGGUGGUGCCAUUAUGUUAAUAAUUGCGGUUAAUGAACAUGAUUUGGAGGGUUUGUUUAAACGUUUUUAGUUGUCAGUCAGAAUGUGUUCAGAAUCUCAAUACAAAGUAGCAGCUACAGUUAAUGUUGUUAAUAUUGUUAAAAUCAGCUCAAGUUGUAUUUGUGAAUUAAUUAAGUAAUUAAGAUUAAAUGUUUCGAUUCGCCAAUUGUACAGUUAAACAUUUCAAAAUUGUUAAGAAAUGUGUAAAGUUGUUGGAAAUUUAGCUGGAUUAAUAUCCCAGCAAGUGUAGCGAAAACUACGUGUUCAUAUGCCUAUAAGUAUAUGUUGUAUAUAGUAAAAAAUAUAUCUGUAACGAAUUCUUUUUUUUUUUCUUUAAAUCUACGAAAGCAUUAAGCACGACUUGCAGCUCUUUCCGGCAAAAGAGCUGGGCUCUUUAAUGUAUUUGUUAACAAUUACUAGAAUAUAGCUUUAAAUAUUAAAGAACACCAUUUUAGAAAUUAUACUAAGA